AUGCUGGAGAGGGGGAUUGAGCCGAGCAUCGUCACAUUUGGAACCCUGAUCUCCGCUCUCUGCAACAACUCGAAGCUCGACGAGGCCUUCAAGCUCAAAGAGGAGAUGCCGAGGCUGUACAAUAUAGAACCUAACGCCUUCGUGUACGCCGCUCUAAUCAAAGCCCUCUGCAAGAGUGGCAAGCUCGAAGAAGCUCUCAGCCUGAGGAGAGAGAUCUCGGGAUUAGAUUCUGCAGUUUACUCCACCCUAAUUCGCGCGCUUUUCAAAGCGGGGCGAAAGGGGGAGGUUGUUGAAAUCUUGGAGGAGAUGAAGAAGGCUUGUGUGGAACCUGAUGUCGUAACCUACAACGCGAUGAUCGCAGGGUUUUGCGAUGAUGGGGAUCUUGAUGCUGCGUUGGGGGCAAUGAACGAGAUGAAGAAGGAGGGGAUUAAACCUGAUGUCGUUAGCUAUAACACCGUUAUCUCGGGGUUCUGUAAAAAGGGGAGAGCUGAGGAUGCUGUCGAGGGUUUUUUGCCAAAGCUUAGAUUUGGCAAAAUAAACAAGUACCUUAGUAAUGCAAAUGUCUUUGAACAUAUUGGGAGGAUUUAUUCAAUUGCAGAAAAUCACAUCCCACAAGAGAUUGACAUAUUUAGCCUUGACACACUUGGUAACUGGGAUAUCAAUGGAGAAUGGGAUCAACCUUUCACUGUUCACCCAAAGAAAGCUCCAGGAUCUGGAGAGCUCGUUGUAAUUGGGGCCGAUGCAGCUAAACCUUAUCUGGUUUUAGGAAUUAUCUCAGCUGAUGGAAAGAAACUAAGACAUAAGGUUGAUCUAAAGCUCAAUAGAAGCAUCAUUUGUCACGAUACAAGCGUCACGAACAUGUACAACAUUUGA